UCCUCCUCCCCGCGGGCCUGGCAAAGUCUCAACAGGAAGUGAGGAGCCCAAGCAUCCUCUGCUCAUCUUUUCAGGCGCAACAGAGACCAUCCCGGAGGCCCUGGGGUCCGCAGGGUCCUGGCCAUGCUGCUGUGGUCUUCUCUAGGCGGCUGCUGGAAGCUGGGGUGCGAGGACUGGAUGCGGAGCUCUUCGCAGCUCCCCAAACAGGACUACGAGGCCCUGCAGGAAAGAUGCCUGAUAGACGGCUGCCUCUUUGAGGACCAGAGCUUCCCGGCCACCCUGCGCUCCAUCGGGCGCGGGCCCCUGCUGCGGAAGCUGCCGGAGCGUGUGUACUGGAGGCGGCCUCCGGAGCUGCACAGCAAUCCCCAGUUCUAUUCCGCCAAGGCCAAAAGGCUGGAUCUGUGCCAGGGAUUGGUAGGUGACUGCUGGUUCUUGGCAGCUUUGCAAGCUCUGACUUUGCACCAGGAUAUCCUGAGUCGCGUUGUUCCCCUGAAUCAGAGUUUCACUGAGAAGUAUGCUGGCAUCUUCCGGUUCUGGUUCUGGCACUUUGGGAAGUGGAUUCCGGUGGUGGUAGAUGACCGACUGCCCGUGAACGAGGCUGGCCAGCUGGUCUUUGUCUCUUCCACCUACAAGAACUUGUUCUGGGGAGCUCUUCUGGAAAAGGCCUAUGCUAAGCUCUCUGGCUCCUAUGAAGACUUACAGCGCGGACAGGUAUCUGAAGCCCUUGUGGACUUCACCGGAGGGGUGACAAUGACCAUCAACCUUGUGGAAGCCCCUUGCAACCUCUGGGACAUUCUAACCCGAGCCAUCUACAGCAGGGCCCUGAUUGGCUGCCAGACCCACGCAGGGAAGGAGAGGGUGCUGGAGAAUGGGCUGGUGGACGGCCAUGCCUACACUCUGACAGGCAUCAGGAAGGUGACCUCCAAACAUGGACCUGAGUAUCUAGUCAAGCUGAGGAACCCCUGGGGGAAGGUGGAGUGGAAAGGUGACUGGAGUGACAGCUCAAGUACAUGGGAACUACUGAGCCCCAAGGAGAGGAUUCUGCUGCUAAGAAAAGAGAAUGAUGGCGAAUUCUGGAUGACACUGCGGGACUUUAAAACACAUUUCACACUUCUAGUCAUCUGUAAACUGAGCCCAGGCCUGCUGAGUCAGGAGGGGGGCCAGACCUGGUUGUACACCAUGCUGGAGGGGAGAUGGGAGAAAGGGACCACAGCCGGUGGCCAGAUGAGGUCACCUCGAGACAUGUUUUGGAAGAACCCACAGUUCCUGCUGUCUGUCUGGAGGCCCCAAGAGGGCAGGAGGCUGCAUAUGCCCUGCAGUGUGCUUGUAUCCCUGCUCCAGAAGCCCCGGCACAGGCACCGGAACCGGAAGCCUUACCUCGCCAUUGGCUUCUACCUCUUCAGGAUGAACCAGAGCUAUGACAACCAGAGGAGGCUGCCCCCUGAAUUCUUCUGGGAAAAUGCUCCCCUGAAUUGGCCUGAGACGUUUCUCACAGAGAAGGAAGUGAGUCGGGAGCUGUGGCUGGAGCCAGGCACGUACCUCAUCGUGCCCUGCACGUCUGAGCCCCGCCAGGAGUCCGAGUUCGUCCUCAGAGUCUUCUCCAGGAGUCACGUCUUUUAUGAAAUUGGCAGCAGUUCGAGUGUUGUCUUCUCUAAGGAAAUUGUAGACCCAAAUGAAGGGCAGGAUGAAUUCUUCACCAAAGUCUUUGAAAAGUAUCCGGAAAUAAAUGCGAUCCAACUGCAGAAGAUCCUGAACCGCAUGCCCUGGUCAGGCCUUGGGAGCAAACAACCUCUCUUCAGCCUCGAAGCCUGCCAGGGGAUCCUGGCCCUACUGGAUCUUAAUGCAUCUGGCACCAUGGGUAUCCAGGAAUUCAGGCACCUGUGGAAACAGCUGAUGCUCUAUCAGAAGGUUUUCCAUAAGCAAGACACUCACCGGUCAGGAUCCCUGAACUGGGCCCAGCUGCGAGCUGCCAUGAGGGAGGCAGGAAUCGUGCUCAGUGGCAACAUCAGCCAGCUGAUGCUCAUCCGCUACGGUGGCCCUGACCUCCAGAUGGACUUCGUCAGCUUUGUCCACUUGAUGCUGCGUGUGGAGAACAUGGAGGAUGUCUUCCAAAACUUGACCCAAGAUGGCAGAGGGAUAUACCUCCGGAAGCCAGAGUGGCUGAUGAUGAGUCUAUACUCCUGAGAAGGCUGGAGGCUCAUCGGCCCUCACCGAGGACUCCACAUACUGCCCAAGGGUGGCCUUGGGCUGAGACCAGUCAUACUCAACUCACCUAUAGUCCUUCAGGACCACAUCUCCCGCCAUCACCUUCUCAUCUGCAGAGGCUUCUCUUCUGCAGAUCUCUCCUUUGGAUGGCCAGCCUGCAGAAAGGGAAGGAAAGUCAUAAAGACUGAUUGCCUCGGACUUGUGACGACCGGCUCUCUUUCCUUGUGACCGCAGUUUUGUCACAAGCAGAGAGGUGGCCUAAGCAAUUUGACUCUGGGGUUUGUGUGCUUACCUUCAUGCAAUACUGCCUCCAUGGGUGUCCAACCUCAAUGACCUUGGACUUGCCAAGUGUCACCCCAUUUAGGCUUAUGGUCUAGGUUUCAAGAUCUGAAGAUGGAACGAUAUGUUCGUAGACAUCUGUACCCACAUCUAUAAAUUGGUUUAGGCAUAGGUUUAAUUUUAACUGUCUGGGGAGUGGAAUGGGGAUAGAUUGAGCUUCCAAGAAUACAGAAAAUAGAACUGGUAGAUCCAGUUGGGAUGGGCUGGCUCUGUCAUCUGAGGCACUGGGUGAUCUUCUGCUAACAAUAAUCCCCAGGUGAUUGGGUCUGGGG